UUUUCCUGUCAAAGCGUGUCUUCAUUUGUCUGCAAAUUGUUUUCAAUUGUAUUUUAAAGUGAUUUCUAAUCCGAUUGAAGAGAGAAAUGGGAAAAACGAGAUAUGAGUUGAUUUUGGGUCUGAAUAAAGGCCAUAAAGUGACCGAAAAUAAACGCAAACCCAAACCAUCGAGUUUUAAAGGGCGGAUCACAAAACACAACAAAUUUGUGAGAGAUAUCGUGCGAGAAGUGUGUGGUUUCGCUCCCUAUGAGAGACGAUGUAUGGAACUGUUGAAGAUCUCGAAGGACAAGAGAGCCCUCAAGUUCUUGAAGAGACGAUUGGGAACUCAUUUG